AUGCCGUUUCAGAUUGCAAGUUUGUUGGAAAAAAUGUCAUCAACAGAUAAGGAUUAUCGUUUUAUGGCUACAAAUGAUUUAAUUGUUGAAUUGCAAAAUGAUAGCAUUAAAUUGGAUGAUGAAUCUGAACGAAGGGUGGUUAAUAUGGUUGUGAAGCUAUUGGAGGAUAAAAAUGGUGAAGUGCAAAAUUUGGCAGUGAAAUGUUUGGGGCCACUUGUACAUAAAGUGAAAGAUACACAGGCUCAAGCAAUUUUUUCACAUCUUUGUGAAACAAUGAUUAAUGGUGAUGAGAAGUUGCGAGAUGUUUCCUCCAUUGCAUUAAAGACCGCAGUUGCUGAAUUACCUGCUGCAAGUUCUCCUUUAACAGUGGCAGUAAUUAAGUUGUUGGUGCCACCACUUAAAGAUGCAUUAUCGGAUACGGAACGAGUCGAUAUCUCUGUGAAACUUGAAAUAAUCGAUAUUAUAUCUGAUAUUCUAUCCCGUUAUGGAUCAUUAUUUUCACCAUAUUUGAGAGAGCUACAAGAAGCUUUACUUCGACAGCUAUCCUCGGACCGCCAAGCUCUUCGGAAACGAUCCAUUAUAACGUUAUCAAAUUUACUGGCCCUUUCAGAUGAUGCUCUUUAUGGAGAAACGAUGGAUAUUAUUGUGCAGUAUCUUACAUCACCUGGAGCAUCAGUUAUGCAGUUUCGUACAAUGGUACAAACAUGUCAGAGUAUUUGUAAAACAACCAGUCGCCGUUUCGUAAAACAUAUGUCAAGACUAGUACCAGUACUCGUGGAUUAUACUGUGGCAACUGAGGAUGACGAAUUACGUGAAUCAUGUAUCCAAGCAUUCGAAACUUUUGUUUACCGUUGCCCUCGCGAAAUAACGCCAUUCAUUCCACAUAUUGUGGAGGUAGUAGUUAAUUAUGUCAAACAUGAUCCUAAUUAUACUUACGAUGAUGACGAGGAGAUGGAUAGCAUUUCACAGAUAGACACUGAUGGGGAUACCGACGACGAUGAUGACGAAGGAAACGAAUACUCAGAUGACGAUGAUAUGAGCUGGAAAGUACGCCGAGCAUCCGCUAAAUGCAUUGAAGCUCUUAUUUUAUCGCGUCGUGACGAAAUUGUAAAAUAUUUAACUUCUUUUGGUCCUCUCUUGAUUAGUCGAUUCAAAGAACGCGAGGAUAAUGUGAAGUGGGAUAUAAUGCAUGCUUAUACGGCAUUGCUGUCGCAGAUUCGCAAUCUGAUACCAAACUUUUCAGCCAUUUGUGUCCCUGAGAAAAAUGGCGAUGUAGAGAAAAAUGCAUGUGGUGACGCAGAAACUAUUACUGUUAAAGGUGGUGUACUGCUGCGAAAUGCUGUAAGUAUGGAGCAACUAGAGACAUUGCAGGCUUUAGAUUCACAGAUUCCUUUACUUGUUAAAGCAGUUAGUCGGUUGCUCAAUACGAAGGCACUCAAGACUAAACAGUAUUGCUUCGUUUUACUUACGCAUCUGUUACGAGCAUAUCCUGGUGCGCUUGGUGAUGAAAUACUUCAUCUAACGGCUGGAGUGUCAAAUGCAAUGAAUGAUCGUUCCUUGAAUACAAAUAUGAAAAUUGAUACGCUCACCUUCCUAUCAGGAGCACUUUGUACUCAUUCACCAGAGAAAUUACAUGCAUAUAUGGAUGUGUUAGUGCCACUUAUUGUGCGUGCUGUUAGUGAACAAUUUUACAAAGUAUCAGCAGAAGCAUUGACUGUUACAACAUCACUGAUUCGUGUCUUACGUCCAGUGGCAUCUGAACGAGGCAAUUUUGAUUAUUCCCCAUAUGUGGAUAGUAUUUAUGAAGCAAUCAUUGGCAAAUUGAAGGCUACUGAUAUAGACCAGGAAGUAAAAGAAAAAGCAAUAACAGCGGCUGGUCUUCUGGUUGCAACUUUCGGUGAUUUUUUGAAAGAAAAGCUUCCAACUUGUUUGCCAAUAUUUUUGGAUCGUUUGCGGAAUGAAAUGACACGUCUUGUCACAGUGAAGGCACUCACAGUAAUUGUGAACAGUCCUCUUUCAAUUUCAUUGCAUUCUAUUUUGUCGGAUGUUUUGUUAUUGCUAGCCGAAUAUUUGCGGAAGAAUCACAGGACUUUGAAGAUUUCGACCUUAAAUUUGCUGGAUUCUUUGGUGACGAACUACAAGUAUGGUAGCUUGGAUGGUAGUGAAAUGAUGAGAGUAAUACAAGAAACACCUGCUUUGAUCUCUGAAUUGGAUUUACAAAUUAGCCAGCUUACUCUUACUUAUCUUAGUCACCUAGUACUUGCUCAACCAUUAAUUAUAUCCUGUAGUUUACCAGAGAUAUUUGUGGCUUAUGUGAAUCUUCUUCAAAGUUCCCUGCUCCAGGGUGCUACCCUAACAGCUUCAUUGAACUUCAUUCUAGCGGUGGUCCAGGCAGAAAUACCCCAGAAACCAUCUUUCGAGGAAUUGCUGGAUCAGCUAACUGCUCCAGUUUAUGAUAACAUUUCGCUUCAUCGCCAAGCCUAUCGCUCCAUUUCGGCAUGUACUGCUGUUGUUGCUUCAGCAUCCGGUCAACAGAAUCGUUGUUGUAACUUAGCAAAAAAAUUAUCAGAGCAAAUAAUGUCGAACGAUACAGCAGAUGGUGUACGAUUGUUUUCUUUGCUUGCAAUCGGUGAAUUAGGCUGCACUUGUCCACGAACAUUCGAUAAAUUUUCACCAAAGCCGGAAGAACUUUUAGUGAAUGCUUUCAAUACAACAUCAGAAGAGAUGAAAACAGCUGCAUCUUAUGCAUUAGGAAGGCUUGCCUUAGGAAAUCUCGAAAAGUAUCUUCCAUUUUUGCUCGAACAAAUCAACUCGCAACCAAAGCGUCAAUAUCUUCUAUUGCAUGCUUUGAAAGAAGUAAUUGGUUCGGAAAGUGGUGAUUCUCGGGCUAUAGAGAUUUUCCGCCCAAGGAUUGAACAAAUUUGGCCCGUUUUAAUCACCCAUGCAACAGCUAUAGAAGAAGGCACGCGGAAUGUUGUCGCCGAAUGUCUUGGCAAAUUGUGUCUUGUUCAUCCCGAACAAUUGUUGCAACGACUAAAGAAAUGUGUAGUAUCACCGAAUCCAUUUAUGCGUGCAACAGCAGUCACAGCAGUGAAAUUUUUAAUUGUUGAACAAUGGACAGCUAUUGAUGAUCUGCUGCAAUCAUUAAUGACGCAUUUCCUGCAGACUAUUACGGAUCAGGAUCUUAAUGUACGUCGAGUGGCAUUAAUAGCUUUCAAUUCAGCUGCUCAUAACAAACCCAAACUGAUUAGAGAUUUGCUGCCUGUCUUUCUGCCGCUACUAUACAAUGAAACAGUGGUUAAGAAGGAAUUGGUUAGGGAAGUUGAAAUGGGUCCGUUUAAACAUACUGUUGAUGAUGGACUUGACCUACGGAAGGCGGCUUUUGAAUGUAUGUAUACAUUACUAGAAACAUGCUUGGAACGGUUGGAUAUUUUUGAAUUUAUUACACAUAUGGAAGACGGACUAAAAGAUCAACACGAUAUCAAAUUGUUGACCUAUUUAAUGCUUGCACGUUUAGCUUCCUUAUGUCCUUCGCAAGUACUUCAGCGACUCGACAGUCUUUGUGAACCGUUGAAAACUCAAAUACAAGCCAGAGCUAAAGCAAAUGCAGUGAAGCAAGAAAAUGAUAAACAAGAUGAGCUUCGAAGAGCAGCACUUAGAGUUGUUGUUGCUUUGCAACGUAUUCCUGAAGCAGAUAGACAGCAACAGUUCGCUGAUCUUCUUUCUAUAAUUCGUAGUUCAAGUGAGAUAAAUGCUGUUUAUCAGCUAGUGGAGCGCGAUGCAGUUCAUCGCUUGUAUACUUCUGAAUUCAAAGGUAUUUAA